AUGGCGUCCCCGAUCAAAGCCCUCAACACCAACCACCUCACCCCCCACGAAGCCAUCUCCGACCCCCUUAUCCGCAACGCCCUAGGAAUCGACACCAACAACAAAACCCUCAUGACCUCCGCCUUCACCCCCGACGCAGUCCAAGACAUGACAGCUCUCGCCUUCCUAGAUAGUCAUUUCGGCACGACACACGGCCGCGAUGCAAUCGUAUCGAUGGCCUCCUCCACCGUCGGCCGCAUGGACACCACACACAUGCUCUCCAACUUCCGCACGUCCAUCUCCGACAACGGAUUCACUGGGACGGUGACGUGCUAUGCGCUUGCGCAGCAUUGGAGGCCUGGACAGGGGAGGAGCUUUGCGUUUGAGAGCAGGUUUUUGAUGGGGAAUCAGUAUGAGGGGGAGGUUGUGAGGGAUGAGAGUGAGGGGCAAGGGGUUUGGAGGUUGAGGAAGUUGGUAAUUAGGACGAUGUGGACGGAGGGUGAUUUUGGGGUCUUUGAUCCGGCCUCUUGGGGAUAG